AUGCUAAGCAUGGCAGAAUCUUUCCAAGAAGUUGUACUAAAUAGACUAAAUUUCUUUUCAUCAGAACAAGGGUACAUAAGAAGCAGUUUUUCAAAGCAAGAUGGUAAUAUCAAUAAACUUAUGAAAGCUCAUUAUGAAUACUAUAAACCUAGAGAUAUCAAUAGGGUUACUAAACCUGUCUCCAACAACGCUUUGAGUGUUUACAAAGCUGAACGCAAAAGUAAUUAUUUAAAUUUAUAUGAACAUAGUCAAACACCAUUAUAUAAAAAGAAGCUUAGAGAUGAAUUAAACAUUUCCAAUACUAGUAAUUACAUGGAAAGGAAUAAUAGAAUUGAAUGGACACCAAAAUUUAAAUUGAAUAAGGUGAUUAGUGGCCACAAAGGAUGGGUAAGAUCAAUUGAUGUUGAUCCAAGCAACAACUUUUUUGUUUCUGGAAGUUCUGAUAAACUAAUUAAAUUUUGGGAUCUUAGUUCUGGAAUACUGAAGCUAACUUUAACGGGUCAUGUUGCUGCUGUUAGAAAAGUUUUAUUUAGUGAAAGACAUCCUUUUUUAUUUAGUUGUAGUGAAGAUAAAACAAUGAAGUGUUGGGACCUUGAGCAAAAUCGAAUAGUCAGAAAUUACGCAAGACACUCUUCUGGAAUAUAUUGCUUAGAUAUUCACCCACGUCUGAAUAUUGUGGCUACAGGAUCAAGGGAUGGAAGCGUUGUGCUUUGGGAUAUUCGAACGAGAGAGUCAAUACAUUUGUUUAAGAAUCAUAAAGCAGCAGUAUCCUCAAUAUUGAUGCAGUCCAUAGAACCUCAAUUGAUAACUGGAAGCUAUGACAGGACCAUAAGAACAUGGGAUAUUGUUGGUGGUAAACUGAGAGAUACUCUUACACGUCACAUAAAGCCUAUUCGUGCUUUAGCUAAGCAUCCUAUUCAUUAUUCUUUUCUAUCAGCAGGUGCGGACUGCAUUAAGGUUUGGGAAGGAGAGGAUUCAACUUAUUUAAAAGAUCUUUCAUCAUCCCAAUCAAUCAUUAAUACUAUAGCAAUCAAAUCUCAAGAAAACAAUUCUAUUGUACUUGCAGGGUGUGACAAUGGACAGCUUCAUUUUUGGGAUUAUGAGACGGGUACUUUAUAUGAUACGAUACAAAGCAACAUACAACCAGGCUCUGUUGAAGCAGAAAAUGCAAUUUUAGACUGUAGGUUUGAUAAGAUGGAAUCUAUUCUAAUUACAGCAGAAUGCGAUAAAACGAUCAAAAUCUGGAAUUUAAAAGGCGAUGAAUUAAUAUAA